CCAAUGAGUGAAUGAAUGAGAGACUCAAGACCCCAUGAUACCUAUUAUACAUCAUCUGAAAAAUUAAAGGAAUAAACGGGAGGUUGUUUUGUUGCGGACCCUUUUCUUCGUCGUUUCUCUCUGGUCGGAGCGCAAAGGCUUUGAACUCUCUCCGGAACGCGAGGAUUAGGGUUUAUUCCCAGCGCAAUAGAAUUUCGCAAUCGCAGACGAACCCAGAAGCUCCUCAAUUCGUUUUCUUGCUGUUUCGAUUGGGGCGAAGGGACACAGAGCGAGAGGGAUUCGGCGUUUCUCCUUUGGAUCUCUAACUGCAAUCCAGUGGUGGUGUGUUCAUUCAGGCUUCCACUUCAAUCUGAGAGCAAUAUCAUUGGUGAAUUAGAAUCAACUACUAAAGUUUGUGACUAGCAAAUCAUUACUUGAAGCAAGUUGAUGGAUUCAGAAAACAAAAAGUUUGGAAGAGGCCCCAGAGAACUUACAGGUGCUGUUGAUCUUAUUAGCCGCUUCAGAUUGUUACCUCAUCAUGAGUAUUUCUGCAAGAGGCCACUUCCAUUAUCAAUUUCAGAUACACACUAUCUGCAUAAUGUGGUUGGAGACACAGAAAUUAGGAAAGGCGAAGGGAUGCAAUUGAAUCAGCUAAUUGAGAAUUCUGUUUCAAGAGAGAUGAACACAUCCAUAAAACCAUUUGAUUUAGAUGUUUUGGGGGAAGCUUUUCAGUUGAGGGAAACAUCUCCAAUUGAUCUGCCCACUUCUGAAAAAGGCAUCCCUACUACAGUGGGGAAAUCUAAGAGUGAGUCCAAGGACAAGGAGAAAAAGCAUAGAAGGCACAAGGACAAAGACAAGGAAAAGGAUAAAGAACAUAAGAAGCACAAACAUCGUCACAAGGACCGAAGUAAAGAUAAGGAUAAAGAGAAAAAGAAAGAUAAAAAUGGUCAUCUUGAUUCUGGUGCUGAACAUUCAAAGAAGCACCGUGAAAAGAAAAGGAAGCAUGACGGAGAGGAAGAUAUCAAUGAUCACAGGCACAAGAAGAGUAAGCACAAGAGCUCAAAGAUCGAUGAAAUGGGUGCAAUAAAGGUAGCAGGCUAACAAAUGCGGCGUGCAACACCCAAUGUUUUCCUUUUUUUUCCCUCAGACUUUUAUUUGAGAAUUUGAAGGGAUCUUCUUAGUUUACUAUUAUGAAGCGUUUCCAAGAAUAGUAUAUGGGAAAUGAAAGGUUGAUGAUAAGGUGAAUAUUCAUGCUGAAGUAGAUAAAUGCAGUUGGAAAAUAUGGAAAUGAACAACAGAAAAGAUGAUCCCUCAUUACAGCACAUUGAGUUUGACAAAUGUUUCUUCUUUUAUCCUCUUUAACAAAUCCUAAUUUAAAGGCUUUUGGAGUUGUGAACCAGAGAAUGAGAUAUGUUUAAAUUUAUGCUAUUCAGCUUGAAGUUCCGAUUUCUGCUCUUCCGUUGAUAGUUUGUAGUCUGUAGAUAUUCAUUUUAGGGUUGUGGUGUAGUAUGGAUUUGUUUCUGAAGUGGGUUACAGUUGUACUUGUAUUGCUUCAAAAGAUGUUUUGAUGUAUGUACUAAUAGAAGGAAAUAAAUCAAGUCAAUUUUUGUAUUUAGGCUUGAAGCAAACCAAGUGUAGGGGAUAGAAAGCCAGUGUGCUACUCUUUAUUAUCUGUCAGUGGG